AUGCCAGCCUGGUAUAAUAUUAAAGGCAAUCCUGGUGAUAUUAUGAGUUUAAAGGAGGAUAAAAGAGGCUUGCUAAAUUCAGUUAACCAAAUCAAGCAAAUUGUGCAAAGGGAGAUCAAGGCUGGUAUCUCACCGCAAAAAAUUAUGGUGGUCGGUCAUUCCCAAGGAGCCUCGGUGGCUUUGGCGGUCGGUUUAACUUCGGAUUAUCGUUUAGCCGGAAUUAUUGGUUUAACCAAACCCGAGAAUAAAAUCAUUCCUUUUUUUCUUUAUCAUAAUUAUUAUGACGACAUAAUUCCUGCUUAUAUUGGCGACCAAUCGGCUACGUUGCUGAAAGAAAAAGGCUAUCAAGUUGAGUUUGAUAAUUUAUUUAAUGGUAGUCAUUUUUUCAAACCAGAAGAAUUACAAGAAAUAUUGACCAAAAAAUUAAAGGAAUUUCUUGCUUAA